UGGGGGCAAAAAUCCCACGCGUGGGAGUUUCAUGCGCAACUCCCUCGCGCACCUACCGCUACGGGGUAUGCCAAAUCCCAUGCGUGGGACUUUCAUGCGCAGCUCCCUCGCGCAACUACUGCUACUGGGCAUGCGCGCGACCACAGGCUCAAAUCAAAGGUGGCGGAUUUAAUCAUUUCUAUUCGCUAUUUCUAAUAAUUUCUAUAAGUAUAAUACAAUAAGAAUCUAAUCUACAUCAUGCAGAAUCUAGGUACUACAUUAAUUGAUUUUAACAAAAACAAAUACAGUACUUUCUUUAUUUGAUAUUUGUCUUUUUUUGAGGCUUACCAGGGCAACAUAGAUAUAUAUACACACAUAUAUAUAUGUACUUGCAUUCUUCCGCUUUUCGAUGCUCUUUUCACCGUCCGUUUUUUUUUUUUGUAUUUUCGUUCUAGGAAUUGACACUAUGGACUGUGUCGAACUCCAUUGUUUGGGAACAAAUUCUUGACAUGUGUUGACAUUCACACAUACACACUCGUAUAUAUCAAAACAAUGACUUCUAAAACAAAAUUCGAGCUGAAGAGGCUCACUCAGUCCAAGACAAGCAGCGAUCGAACCUCAACGUGUGAUUUCGUGUUUUUCUGUGGUUUUCGAGUGUUUUGGAUAGCUGGAAGAUGGAAGUGGUCCAGACGAAGGUGACAGGAAGUCCAGUUUCCAGUACUCGAGUAUCGAAAAAAAGGAAAAUAUUUCAAGAAUCUUGGAAACAUGAACCUGAGUUUUCUGGAUGGGUGAAAAGAGUCGAUAAGUAUCCAAAUCGUGUGUUUUGUUGUGCAUGUAAUAAGCAGAUUGCCGCGGGGAAAUCUGAGCUUCGGAAGCAUGCCGGGACUGAUCGGCAUAGAGAUAAUAUGUUGAAGCCCAAUUUCAUCCCCGGGGGUCCAAAAUUAAUUGAUGAAGGGAAUGCUCCCGAAGAAGAUUCCAGUAGUGUUGCGUUGGCCCAUCAAAAAGCAAUUAAAACCGCGGAAAUCUUAUUGGCUAAUUGCAUUGCAGAGCGUAAUGUUCCCAUCAGUUUCAUCGAUUACAUUCUUCCUGUAAUGAAACGAUCAUUUCCGGAUAGCAUAAUCGCGCAAGAUUGUUCUAUGAAACGUACAAAGUGUACGAACAUCAUUACGAAUAUUUUGGGGAAAGUCGCGAACGAUAAUCUCGUGAAAAUUUUAAGGAUAAAUAAGUUUUCAAUUCUUGCAGACGAAACAACAGAUAUUUCGAAAAAGAAAGUUUUUUGUGUUCUCGCGCGAUAUGUUUCUCCUGACAGCGGUAAUGUUCAUACGGAAUUAUUAGAUCUUCUCGAACUGGAUCCAACGGAUGGUUCAGCAGAAAAAAUUUAUAAUUCGUUUCAAUUAUCUUUACGCGAAAAACAAAUUCCUUUGCAGAAUAUCGUGGGCUUGGCCUGUGAUAACGCGAGUGUUAUGAUCGGUGUUAGAAAUUCCUUCGCACAGCGAUUGAAAUUAGAGGUUCCGAAUUUGAUUUUGAUGAAUUGCAUUUGCCAUUCAUCCGCGAUCGUAGCGUCGAAAGCUUGUAGUAAGUUGCCCAAUGAGCCGGAAGAAUUGAUUAGAGGUGCAUCGAUGUAUCUCUCGAAUAGUCCGAAACGAUGCGCGGUUUUAGAAGAAUAUCAGGAAUUCUUCGGAGAACAAAAAUUGAAAAUAUUGAGCCUGUCAAACACACGAUGGUUGUCUUUACAUCAGUGUGUCUCGCGAAUUAUUCAUAAUUGGGAACCCUUAAAAUUAUUCUUCUUAUCAGCUAUGCUGGAAGAGCAAUCAUCUUCUGCCCAGAAUUUGCAUAAAUUGCUGGACGAUGAAUGUGUGAAGGGCUAUUUUCUUUUUUUGCAAUAUUCAUUGAAUUUCUUCAAUUCUUUCAAUGCCCUCUUUCAGUCUCGUCAGUUUAUGCUUCAUAAAUUGGCUGAAUGCAGUGAGGGACUCAUUCGUAAAAUCGCGCGGAAUUUUUUGAAGAAAGAUGUAAUCGAUCAACUUUUCGUGAAACAUAUCAAUGUUAAUCAUCCGGAUCACUUUCUUCCCUUGGAGAAGAUUAACCUCGGACCGGCAUGCAACCAGCUUGUUCAGAAUUUCCCACGACCUGUCGCUCAGCAAUUUCGGCUUAAAUGUUUAGAUUUUUACAUAACCGCGACUUCCGAAAUGAAAUCGCGUUUACCGCACGCGCAUCCCAUUAUUCAACAUUUGGAAUUUUUAAAUCCUGAAUCGGCACUAGACGAUGAUAUCAACCGCAUUAAAUCGACAGUUAUUCAAAAUGUCGCUUCUCAUUUCGGUCAUUUUGAUGAAACUGAUUUAGCUUUUGAAUGGCACUCAUUGCCCGAUGCCUUUAUUCAUUCAGGCGAGAAAAAACGUGUGUGUGCAUUACCUGUUGAUCAGUUUUGGAAUGAAGUAUCAGAGUUGAAAGAUUUUACUGAUUCUGUCAUGUUCCCGAAUCUGACAAAACUCACAAAAAUUAUCCUCUGUCUACCACAUUCUAAUGCUGAAGCAGAGCGUAUUUUCUCGAUUGUGACAGAUGUCAAACCCAGGAAACGCAAUAAGCUUGGUACUGAUUGCCUCAAGUCGAUUUGUCAGAUACGGUCCUCUAAUCAGUGUCACAAAGUCGAUUGCACUACUUUUCAAGUACAUCAGGAUCAUCUCGAUUUACAUAAUUCAAAUAAUUUGUAUCCCAAACAAUAUUCCUAAAGUGAGAAAAGUAUUUUUAGUUUAGUAGAAAGGAUAAUUUCAAGUAUUUUCGCCUAUUAAAAAGUCAACUCUUUCAAACUAUUAUAAUCAUCAUCUGCUCAUUAAACUCAGGUUCUCUCGAGGAUUCUAUACAACAUGAAAAACCAUUCAAUUAAUCUAUUUUUUCAGAACCAAACGGCCCUUUUUAGGGCCCCCAAAUGAUAAACGUGGAAAACUCAAUAAAGUUUUGUUAAUAAUAUCCUGAUCUUUUUUUAAAAUGAUUGCGUAAUAUUAAUUCUAUUUUUCGUUUGUGACGAAAAAAAAUUAUAUAUUCCCAAAAUUGACGCUCUUGGCCCGUGACCCACCCCCUUGUGACCCUCGGGACGCUUGACCCAUACCCAAGUGAUCCUCGCAUUCCUUGACUUUUCCAUAAAAUUCCCUCCUAACAUUUCAUCCAUCCCCCCUUACCCUCAUAACCCAUCAAACAUUACUUGAUAGAAUUCAAGUGUUUAAACGUGGCGCCAAGCAACCUGCGCCCUAGCUAGAGCGCAGUGGUACGCGGAGUGGGGCAGUGGGAGACGUGUGGGUCCCGCAUCUGGCA